CUCGGACUUCGCAAUCCAGAUAUAUAACACGCUAUGAAACGAUUUCGGGAUUUGCUGCCCAGCUCGUUCGGCAGGCGAGAAGGAAGUCAACACAGCGAUGCAGAUGCGUCAAGCGAGACACUUCUCGCGAAUCAGCUACCGAACGAAGCCCAGGAUGGCGAAAAGGAGGAAAUUAUAUAUACGCACCAAGACCUUCAGAAUGGAAAGAUACUGAGAAUACAAAUCGCUCUUGGGGCCUGGAUGGUUUUCAGCUUUUGUUGUAUUCUGUAUAUCGUCCUGUCGUUGACAGACAGAAAGAACAACCGAGCCUCGCCUUCCGACGCUCAUGAUACACCAAAUGUAUCCUCGGACAUGAACAUCCAGCUCAUAAUUCCAACAUUUCCCCCACACUUCCCCCAAGUCCUCACCAUGCUCCACUCAAUGGCCUGCCUCAUAACCGACAUCUCCUCCAUCCAAAUCUCCCUAAUCCUCAGCUCCACAUCCGACAUCGUCGCCCUCCAAACCCUCCUCUCCUCCCCCACCCCACCAACAUGCACCUCCUCCUACCUCUCCUACAACACCACCUCCUCAGCCCAACUCACCUACCCCCCAAAUCUCACCCUUUAUAACCUCUACGACCUGCUCCCACCGCAAAUUCAAACCCUUACUUCGCCAAACGAUACCAGCUCCCUGGUCCGCACGUACGGGAAGUACAAAUACCAAUCUAUCAAGAAACUCGCUGCGGCGGCAUACCUGCAGUAUGAUUACGGGAUCUGGAUUGAUUCGGAGGGGUUGGUGGUAAGGCCAGUGGAGUUUAGGGAGAUGGUUAGGGAGUGGCUUGGAGGAUCGGGAAUGGGGUCAGGGCCGGUGGUGUGGACUGAGUUGGAGGCGGUGGGGAGUCCGAGGAGGAAUGAGUGGAUAGUGGGGAUUAAUGAGGGGUGCGCGGGGGUGUUGGGGAGGACGAUGGAGAGUUUGGGGAAGAGUGUUAGUUUUUGGCAGGGAUUCACAUGGAUCAUCGAAAAACCCAUAAUCAUGGACAUGAUCAACCGCCCCUCACGGCUGGAUCCCAACAUAGACUUCUUCACUCGCCUCCUCAACGCCAAAACCGACAUCUUUGAGAUCGUCAUGUAUAAGAUCCAUAUAGCAGGCAGGAAAAAGGAGCAAUCAUCGAGUAACUCGACGCUAUAUACGAAAUACCGGGUGUUGGAUAUGCAAAAUACAUUGAUUGAUUUUGGACUUGGUUCGUUCUCUUCCUUCUCUUGUUAACCUUCUCUUUCUAUUUGAAAUCGUCUCCAUGAUAUCCUAUUCUUAACAAAGUCACCCACCCCACAGAAGCAGCCUACUCCCUCAUCCCCCCCCAACUCGACACCCUCGCCGAGCGCUUCCCGCACCUCAUCCUCGCCACGUCCCUCCAAGACCGACUCGUGCAGUUCGUCAAAGAAUACAAGUUCUUCUUCAUCUGUUUCCACGUUGGGUACCUGUCGCUGAUUCCCAGGGAGGUGCUGCAGAGUUUUAUGAGGAAGGCGCCCGUGGCGAUGACGGUGAGUAAUUUGAGUGGGCUGGAUAAGGAGGUUAUUCCUGAGGGAGGGGGGAGUUGGAAUAUGACUUAUGUUUGAUGAGG